AUGGCAGAAACUGGAAGCCCUCAAUUCCUGGCAGCUUGCUCUGCUACAACCUCUGCUUCUGGGGUAAUAUGCCUUUUAAGCACAUCCUUGCAGUUGCACACUUUCCUUAUGCCUCUUUCCAAUACUAGAUCUAUAACGGACUUUAGAUCAGAUUAUAAGUGUUCAGUGUUAGUAAUUUUUAUAAUACAGUUUAUUGGAGUUAUACUGGGUACAAUUGCCCCAUGUUCUAGAUCUUUUUCAACCUUAAGCUUUAACUUUUCGGGAAAAUGGAUAUGGAACCAUAUCAAGGUCACUAAAGUAGAGAGCUACUGGACUGAAAAGUUAUGUGAUUGGAAACGUCAUUGCAUACUAUUCCCAUCCAUUAGCCGCAAAGGCAAGAUUAUCCUCCAGAAUUUGUACAUCCUAAUUCUUCACAUAUGCAUAGCAUUUCAGAAGACAGUCGUGGUGGCAUGCAAGAUGAUAGUAGUGAUUCCAAUUUUCCUUGUAAUUUGUGUCUUGUGUUGUUCCGGUUGUUGGAAGUGUGUAAAGGUCAUGUUUAGCGGCCCAUGUAUCGUGUUGCUACAAAAGCCUAAGCCCCUAGGAAAUGAUAAAGAUUCUAGUCGUUAUGUUUUGCAACUUCAAGACGAAAUGGAGUUUGCUGAAAGAAAAUUGAAAGGCAUUACAGAAUCCGUUAACCACUUGAUCCAGAAGGCUGAAAAACAAACACCCAACAAUCUUACAAAGCUUCUAGGACAAUCUAGAGGUUUUCAAGGAGUUGAAAAGUUUGACAUCGAUCGUUUUCCAUCUUUACUUUCAGAAGAACAUCUCAAUUGUUGGAGCUUACCUUUGGUAACCCUAACAGCCAUCGCUAUGUCUCUUCCUAACAUUCAAAAUGACAUAGUUGAUAGCUUGGUGAGUGGUGUGAGUGAAGGCCUUGUGUAUGUCACACUUGUGGAAGAAAGCCUCAACGCUACUGAUGAUCUUGUAAUGAUUCAAAGUGCGGCUAAAACUUUGAUGCUAGAAGUCGAAGUCUACCACAAAUGGUUAGGAAACAGGCUGCACAAACCUACUCCUCAAGGGAAUACAACUAGACAGAGUCUUCAGUGGUUGAAUGAUACAGCAAAAACCAUUGUCACUGAGGUGGAAGAUACAGAUAUUGGAGGCCGAAACGAUAAUUCCAAAUGCAGGUGUAUCUGUGCCAAUUCAAUGUACCGUAUCACUGAAACAAUCCUGCUCUCCUACACUGAGAACAUUGACCAAGCUAGCCAAAAGGAACUGUUUGAGGAAUUAUCAUCAAUGGUCGCUGACAUAUUAGCUGCCUGUCUCACCAACUUACCCCAAGUCAUUGAAAUGAAAUGCCACACAAGUGCCAUUGAAAAAAGAGAGGCCAAUGUGGCAAUGUCCAUGCCGCAGCCCAACUUCUCGGUGAGACUACACAGAUAA